CAGCAGAGGAGACAGACAAAUAACGAAAGUAGGAACACGCGGAGAUAGUAAAGGACACAGAGCUUUGUGAAGAGACACAAGGGGGCGGGACGUACUAGUGACAGACAGCAGGGAGGGCGAAUGGCACGCCGAGCUAGGAGGGAAACCAGGCCAAGGAGCUUUGUACUUGAGGAAAGAAUAACAAGAGCGCUAGUCUUUCAUAACAAGGAGGGAGGACUGGCGUCUAUCUGACAGGAGGGGCAGCCCAGGCUCCAUGCGUCCCUGCAUACACACCGUGCAUUCCUAUCAGCUCUCACAAGCGCACGGGUAACGUUCCUGACACCGUGACACGGGUAACCUUCCUGACACUGCGGUACGGGCACGUGAGGCCGGACACUGCCGGGGGAAAGUUUGUAGCCCCGCUGCGUGUGGGCAAAGAGCCUGUGUCUCCCGUAGGCGCUGAGGUCACACAGACACCUGGGCAUUGGGAAUAGGCGGGCACUCUAUGGAUUCCGUGUUGAGCGGGGACUAAAGAAGCACGUGACAGACGGAAGGACACCUCGGGACCGGCCUGUGACAGGAAUAUACAAUGUGUCCGGAUAGGUGACACGGGGGGUUAUUGUGUACAUACACCGCUGGGCUGCAGAGCUCACUUACACACCUGUACCUGCCGGGGAGCUGAUAAGCGUCACACAAACAAUGUCCUGCGUGCCUGAUACUGGCUAUAUGUCCUCCUCAGUGAGACACAGGGACACCCGAGCCGUGUAUUAGUCUCGCCGCUGUGUGACUGGCUGAUGUAUAGUGGCUGAUGUAUGGGGAAUGAGGCAACAGUGUGCAACACUCUAGCAUCUGACAGGCACUGAACUCCGGACUAAGCACAAGGACACUUCCCCCUCACCCCCGGUGGAUGCGCGCUGAAGCAGGCGGCUGUGUGUCGGGGAUGGGUGGGCGGCAGAGCAGCAGUCCAGCAGCGGAUGGUCGUACAAGGGCUUACUCUGGAUCGGAUAUCCCUACUCCUAACACGGCCCGGGGGCCUUACAGAGGCUCUUCUGGGGUGGCCUCCUCCUCCUCGUCCCCUCUCGCCAGGUACUCGUAUGUCUCAAGUGGGCAGCAGGCGACAGCAGGGGCGGCUGGGAGAGGGGCGAGAGGCACGGACAGCGCUCAGCCGGCAGCACUGGGUUCCAGGAGCCGCUCUGUCGGGGGGAUUCGGAGUCAGGCCCCGCUUAGUAUCCCCGGUGCAGCCCGGGACUCUGGCAGCAGCACGCCCGAGGAAGGAUCCCGAGACAGGGCACCUGGGGGGCGUGAAUCCAGACUAAUGAUCGGAUCUUUACCAGCUCACCUCUCCCCACACCUCUUUGGCGGAUUUAAGUGCCCGGUGUGCUCAAAAUUCAUUCCCACAGAUGAAAUGGAUUUGCACCUUGUCAUGUGCUUAACAAAGCCACGAAUAACAUACAAUGAGGACGUCCUCACUAAAGAUGCUGGUGAGUGUUCAAUAUGCCUGGAAGAACUGCAGCAAGGGGACACGAUAGCAAGACUGCCAUGUCUCUGUAUAUAUCAUAAAGGGUGCAUAGAUGAAUGGUUUGAAGUAAAUAGAUCAUGUCCCGAACAUCCCUCUGACUAGACUACAAGGGUCCUGUAUGAUAGGUUCCUUCUCUACUUGUGAGUGAGUGGAAAAGCCAAUGACUACAGCGAGUACCUGAGAGACGGCAUUAUAUCGGCUUAAGCAGCGUGACUGACGUGAGCGUGGGCCAAUGUGCGGCAGUGCCAGUGACUCCGCCCCACGGAUGAUAAAGGACUGCCUCAGAGAUCAGUGUGCCAAACCUUCUUAUACGGACACACAACACACAGGGAUUCUAUAGAAAUGCUGCACAUACUCUUUAGCCCUUCCAUUCCUGCUAAUGGACAUUUUCUAUGUGAAGGCCAAAGUAACCCCGUGUCCAAGCAUUCUUUUUUUAACAUUGAAUAUUGACUGGAACCGAUAAAAGGUGUAAUUUUUUUUCCUCUCAUGUGACAGUUUAUAAAUAGUAAGUACAGAUUGUAAUAUAAAAGGUUCCUGGGCUUGAGGUA